AUGGAUAGUGUUAUUACCAUAACGCGUCCUGUAAAGUCAGAUUACGAGUUUGACGACGAGUUUGAGUCUGAAGAUUUCAAAAAGGAAGAAGGAAUUGUUACACCCGGAGAACUAGUAACAGAUGAUCCGGUCUGGAUGAAAGGACACGGGACAUAUUUUGUUGGAGACUCGCUGUAUUCGUCUGUGGCUGGCCAGGUAUCGCGUGUGAACAGGUUACUUUCGGUUGUGCCUCUUAGAGGAAGAUAUGCCCCCGAAACCGGGGACCAUGUUGUAGGAAGAAUCACCGAGGUGGGAUCCAAACGAUGGAAGGUUGACAUUGGAGGGAAACAAGAUGCCAUAUUGAUGUUAGGGUCUGUGAAUCUACCUGGAGGGGUUUUACGUAGAAAGUCGGAACUGGACGAGUUGGCCAUGAGAUCGUUUUUAAAGGAAGGUGACUUAUUGAAUGCUGAAGUUCAAAGUGUAUAUGCCAGUGGAGUCGCCAGUUUGCAUACCAGAUCGCUCAAGUACGGGAAACUCCGGAACGGGAUGUUUACCAAGGUUCCACUGGGGUUAAUUGUCAAGUCAAAGAAUCAUAGUUGGGAUAUGCCUGGAAAUGUCAGUACAAUUGUGGGAGUUAAUGGGUAUAUCUGGCUCUAUCAGACAAAUCCGACAACAGCAGCUCCCAUUGGCCACAUGCUGGGAAAGACCCAGGCAAUGGUUGAAGGUGCUAGCAAGCACACCUCGUAUCAACCUGGCCAAGGUAGUGUCCUGAUCACAAGGUUAGAGGAAGAGUCCAGCUGGGAGAUCUACAGUGAUAAGAACGACAUUAUCAAUUCCCGAGUCAGAAAUAACAUAGCACGGUAUUAUAACGUUCUACAAGCGUUAAGUCAUUCGGAGUUGGGAAUCAACCAAAGUCGGAUGAUUAUGGGCUAUGAAAUCAGUUUAACAUAUGAAGAAGAACCAUCAGACAUGAACGUAAAGGAAUUAAUAUGUCAAGAGAUACUAAGGAUGGAGACCAUGAGAGGAGGCCAAUAA